AUGGCCGGUCGCAGGAAACCCGCUCCAGACUAUACUCAAGUCAGCAGCCGAAGCGUUGCUGAAGCACCUUUCCAGGUCUCAUUGACUGACGACCAGCCCGUGGUACGAUACACCCUGACAGACCGCUCUGACCCUGCUCCCGCAAUGUCCAACCACUCUGGAUUAGAUCAAGCACGCUUUUCACAGCCGCGAUUUUCCAAGACAUCUCCCGUCCGCAAUCCGUCUUUGCCGACUGUAGCUGAGGCCACCGAGGACGGGUCAAAUGCAGAAGAUGGAUCUUCCAUCUCUAAGGAGAGUAUGUCCUCUGGGGCUACGUACGUCGGCCAAGAUGGUGCAUACUACGAUGAAUCCAAGGGCUAUUCCGGCAUGGAGCCCAAUCCGAAACUGGCGUUUAACCACAACACAUUGCCUACCAUCACUUCCGGACAGCCGUUGCAAUGGGAAUACGCACAACCUGCACCUGGUGAUGACCCUUUUGUUGACCAACGACAAUAUGCGCAACCCCUAGAGAACGCGCCGAACCAGACGUACGCGCCACCUACUUACCCAUAUAUGCACACUGGCAGCAGUUGGCAGUCGCCAACAAGACCAACAUCUGCCUACAGCACCACAUCUGUUGGGCUAUCUUCACAACCGAAUGUUACAGGUCAUGGGUACCAGCCGGAGUUAGAUACUACUUAUACAGGCUCUCGCAGCACUAUAGACCAUUUCCAACAUGAUACAGAAGCAUACGCCUCGGGGGCCUAUUCUCGUGCGUCUUAUCGUCCGCCGCGGUCUCGAUCUCCUACCCCUGCAGUAGACGAUGAGGACUACCACAUAGUGGGCAAUGGUAGCGUCCACUACACCGGUCACUCCCCAAAUCGGCAGCCCCAAUCGUACGACUAUGAGAAGGUCGCUUUGCAAGAACAAGACCUUAGCUACCAUCAGCAUUAUCUAACGUACGACGGGGACCACGAGUCGCUGUAUACAGAAUCUGAGAAAACAUCGCUUUCUAGCGGGGCAUCGCCGCAUCUAGAGCCAGAGACACCCGUCAACACCCGCCAUUUUGGACCAGCCCCCAUGGGCCGCAUUUUGCGCCGACAUAAGACCAAAAAGCGGGUGCAACUCACCAACGGAAAUUUGGUUGUAGACCUAGACGUACCGCCUAAACUUGUAUUGCCACGCAAAGGAGAGGCAGAGAUGAUGAAGACGAGAUAUACGGCUGUAACGGGAGAUCCAAACGACUUUGAGAAAAAUGGAUUCUUUUUGCGACAAAAUGAGAGCGGUAGGACGACAGAACUUUUCAUCGUCAUCACCAUGUAUAACGAGGACGAGGUAUUAUUUUGUAGGACAAUGUACGGCGUGAUGCAAAAUAUCUCACACCUGUGUUCGCGCAAGCACUCCAGAAUAUGGGGUCAAGAUGCCUGGAAAAAGGUCGUUGUUUGUAUCGUAGCAGAUGGCCGCAAAAAGGUUCAUCCGCGCGUCCUGGACUGUCUAACACUGCUUGGUGUGUAUCAGCCGGGCGAUCAUAUGAAAAAUAUGGUCAACAAUAAGCCUGUGACUGCCCAUCUCUUCGAGUACACCGCCUCCUUCGGACUGGAUCCCAAUCUGCACUUCAAAUAUCCGGAUAAGGGGAUUGUGCCGACGCAGAUCUUGUUCUGUAUGAAGGAGAGGAAUCAGAAGAAGAUAAACAGUCACCGUUGGUUCUUCAAUGCCUUCGGGCCCAUGUUGCAACCGAAUGUCUGCGUACUUCUAGACGUCGGUACGCGCCCGGGACCCAAGAGCAUCUAUCAUCUUUGGAAAGCAUUUGACCUGAACUCGAAUGUUGCUGGGGCUUGCGGUGAAAUCGCUGCUUAUAAAGGGAAGCAUUGGUCAGCCUUGCUAAAUCCGCUCGUGGCGGCGCAAAAUUUCGAAUACAAGAUCGCAAAUAUUUUGGACAAACCAACGGAAUCACUAUUCGGUUAUAUUAGUGUCUUGCCCGGAGCAUUCUCUGCCUAUCGAUACAUCGCGCUGCAAAAUAACAAGCAGGGAAAGGGCCCUUUGGCCUCAUAUUUCAAAGGAGAGGUUUUGCACGGUCGCGAUACAGAUAUCUUCACCUCGAACAUGUACCUCGCCGAGGACCGUAUUCUGUGUUUUGAACUUGUAGCAAAAGCAAAUUCGAACUGGAUCCUGAAAUAUGUCAAGAGCGCAAUCGCUGAGACUGACGUGCCUGAUGCAUUGCCGGAGUUCAUCAGCCAGCGGCGGCGGUGGUUGAAUGGAUCUUUCUUCGCCGCCACGUACGCCAUCGCUCACUUGGGGCAGAUUUUGCAUUCCGGCCACAGCAUAGGUCGAAAAUUCAUGCUGAUUAUGGAGACCAUCUACAACGUGAUUAACCUCAUUGCGGCUUGGUUCGCCAUUGGCAAUUUUUACUUGUUCUUUAUUAUUCUCACCUCGUCCCUGGAAACACCCUCAUUUGGUAUGACGGGACUGAAGUACUUCAACGCUGUUAUUCAGUUUGUGAUGGGAGGAAUCGUUGUAGGGUGCUUCCUCUUCUCUAUGGGAAAUAAACCGAAAGCAUCGAAGUGGAAAUACAAACUUUCUGCGAUCAUGUUGUCGAUAAUGAUGGUCUAUCUCCUCUUCAGCGCCGUCAUGGUUGCCGUAGAGGCAGCUGGCUCGGGCGGUGUUGCAUACACCACUAUGGUAUUCAGUAUUAGCGUAACUUACGGAGUAUAUGUGCUAUCAAGCUUCUUGGCACUAGACCCUUGGCAUAUCUUCACCAGCUUCAUCCCCUACCUGCUCCUCUCUCCUACAUAUAUCAACAUUUUGAAUAUUUAUGCAUUUUCGAAUCUAGACGAUAUUUCUUGGGGAACAAAACAAGACACUGAACUAGAAUCCGAUCUCGGCGCAGUCAUUCAGAACAGCAACUCCCAAGUCGACGUCGAAGUGCUGACUGACGCGGCAGACGUCAAUGGUAUGUACGAGGAGUCGCUGCUUAAUCUGAAACACAAGAAGCCCGUUCCAAAAAGUAGCACCGGAAACAGCUUGGCUGAGAAGGAACAAGCAGCGAAGGACUACUACGCCAAUGUUCGCACCAAUGUUCUCCUCAGUUGGGUUUUGUCGAACGCCCUUCUUUUGGUAGCUAUCCUCGGCGGGGGCGAUGCUGUUAGCACAUUCAGCGAUAAUAGUUCGUUCAGCCGCACUAAAGCAUAUAUGACUUUUAUUCUGGCGUUUGUUGCGAUCACGACUUCUAUUCGCUUCUCUGGCUCGACGAUGUAUCUCAUCGCGAGAGUCUUCACAGGCUAA